UUUGUUCGUGCCUUCGUGAUUUAGAAAUGGCGUCUCUGUGAGUUGUCCUUUUCGCACAAAUAUUACGAUUUUAUUCAAACCAAAACAAGAAAAAUCUGUUUACAAACCGUGUAAUAUAAUUUUCUGUAUUACUCCAAAGCCGUAUUUAAUCUUAUAAUGAUCCAACGUGUUAAAAUGUGACCAUGACUGAUAUCGGGCAAGGCGUUUCGAUUUUAGUCCUCAAAAUUUCCAAUUUAUCUAAUAAAUCCUGGGUCAAAUAUAAUUUGGGGCCACUUUAGUGCAAAGUACUAGAUAACUCUAUAAAAAAUGGAUAAAAAGGGUAAGAAGAAAACUGUCAUAAAACGAAAGGCCGACGACUCGGGCGAAGGCGAGAAAAAGCCGAAAAUGGUGAACCGAGCGAAAGCCGAAGAGGAGAAGGACAAAGUGGAGGUGGUGAAUCAGGUGGUGGAGGUUCCCGUGGAGCAGGGGCAGCAGGUGGUACACACGGGGCAGCUGGUGGAGGGGAACUUCGAGCAGCCAGUGUUCGUGAACAUGAAGGGCGAGCCGGUGCAGCUGGGCCCCAACACGGUGAUCCUGUACGAACAGAGCGGGAACCCCUCGAACUUCGCGUUCGGCGGCAUGUGGACCAUGGACUCCUCGGGCCGGAUUGUGAUGGCGGAGACGAUUUAUGACGUGAAAGGGGAACCCGAAGAAGAGAGUGCUACUUUCGUUCAGAACGCCACAGAAGUUAGCAGUCAACCAAUAGAAGAGACGAGUACGACAUAUCAGCAGUUUGAACUGAGCAACAACAGCCAGGUGGAACAGGAGUAUGAGGUGGCCAUUAUUGAGAACACAGAAGAUACAUCAAACAGGCCUACGGAGACGCAGGUGAUCACAAAUGAAGCUCAGCUCCAAGCACUCGGAGCGGCGGCGAUGCGCUGGUUGAACCAGAAAUACGACUUUGUUGUGAGGAAACUACAACUCAAUUAUGAUGCUGGGGUGAAGCUCCUACACUCACAGUCGGGGUGCAUACAGUGUGUGUAUCUCACCACUCCAAGCAUGCAGAUGGCGUUCAACGCUGUGCCGCAGUUCUUGUGUAUUGAGACAGGUAUAGAAUUCAACAGUCCUAUGACGGGUGUAGUGGGGUCUGCCACGCCGCUCGUCAAGCACAAUGUCACUCUGUUCCUGGCUGAGGACGGCAACGGAAAAUCCGUUAUAGUUAGCGCAGGAAUAUCGACGCUGAUCGGCGACGACCUGACGUGGCUGCUGGAGACGUUCAAGUCGUGCAACCCCGCGUGGAAGCAAGUGCGCUGCGUCGUCAUCGACCCGACGCGCAGCCAGCAUAGCGUGUGCAGCGCGUUCCCGUCGGCGCACGUGUCGUGCAGCGUCUGGCAGGCGUCGCGCGCCGCCGCCGCGCGUGUCGUCGCCGACAGCCGCGACCACGGCGCCGCAGUCGCUGCGUUCGCCGCCGACGACGUCGCCGCGCGCUGCAAGACGUACGCGCUCGCGUUGCUGCGCGGUGACCACACGCCCGCUCAGCUGCAGGUUCUGAAGCGCAGUAUAAUCGGCACGGGCGCGGGCACGCUGCGGCUGUGGGAGGUGCUGACGCGGCCGGGCGGCGCCAUCGCGCGCCUCGACGCCUGGCUCGAAGCCGACAACUACACUAAUAUAUUACACAAGGGCUUGGAGCGUCUGGUGGGUAAGUUCAUGGGUCUGGUGCGCACGCAGCUGCAGCCCGAGGACUUCGUGUCGCUGUUCUUCAACGUCGCCAACCAGCUCGAGGACGAGCGGCGGAGCUUCGCCAUCGGCAAGCUGAGGGAUACAGAGACGUUGAAGCAGUCUCCGACAGACACCAUCACACAGUACGCAUACAACCUCAUGAGUCACCAGACGAAGCUCGCUCAGCGGUCGUUGGACGACCGGGCUGGCAGACGGCACAGCAACGCGGCGAUCUGCAAGUACGGCACGUCGACGCAGGAGUGCUCGUGCCUCUUCAGCAAGGUGUUCCGCCUGCCCUGUCGACACAUCCUGAUGCUGACCACGGAGCUCAAGGUGAAGACUCACAUCCCGUUCGAGCCGCGGUGGACGGUGCAGCACUGCCUGUUCGGCUGCGAGAACAACCCCGCCGUCACCGCCAACGCCACCGGCAACAGCGGGUUCAUGGAGCAGGUGGUGAUGGAGACGGCGGACGGGCACCGGCAGGCCAUACAGCAGGCGCCGCAGAUACACCAGGUGAGCGGCGUCCGGCAGCAGCAGUACGUGUUGACGGCGGCGGGGCAGCCCGCCACGCCCGUCUCGCAGGUGAUAUUCUGCGGCGGCGGCGUGGGCGGCGUGGGCGGAGUGGGCGCGGUGGGCGGCGGCGCGCCCGUCAUCACAUCAGUGCUGCCCGCCGGGGGCGCCGUGCUCACGCCGCAUCAUGCGUUACACCACUAGGGACACACCAGGAGAAAAUAGCCAGACAUUGGCAGACCUUGACAUCGAAGCUAACUGUGGACAAGACACAGCCAGACAUGGAAAACCCUUGCCAACACCAGAGUUAACAAGGCGUCAA